AUGUCCGUGUUGUUGAAAGCCGUGAGGCAUUGGUCCAGACAGGCUCACCUGCGUGCUUUUCCCGGACCGCCGCGGACAUCGCUUAUUGCUGGCAACCUGAACCAAUUAUUCGACCUAGAUGCAUGGGAAUUCCAAAAAGAAAUCGCAUCGCAUGGGAGGAUUGAUACGCAGUUGCAUAUCAGUGAUCCAAAGGCAUUACACCAUAUCCUGAUCAAAGAACAGGAUGUCUACGACGAGUCGGAUAUGUUCGUCAUGUCAAACAACCUCUUUUUUGGACCAGGCCUUCUUUCCACGCGUGGUGAGCAUCAUCGACGACAGAGAAAACUUCUCAACCCCGUAUUCUCGACCAAGCAUAUGAAAAGCAUGGUGCCUAUAUUCUACACAAUCACACACCAACUCUGUGAUGUUUUGACGAGAAAGGUCAGCGAUGGCACCCAAAGACUUGAUAUUCUCGACUGGAUGACUCGUUUGGCACUGGAGGCUGUCGGUCAAGGAGGUCUAGGAUAUUCCUUUGAGUCCCUCAACGAGGAGUCAUCUAACAACUUCGGCAAUGCGAUGAAGGGUUUUAUACCUACCGUGGCUUCCCUUCAGCUUCUCCGCCAACUGGUCCCAUGGUUCCACGACGUUGGGCCUCCUAGCGUCCGUCGUUGGAUAGCGAAGAAUAUUCCAAUCAAGAGACUCAAUCGCGCAGUACGAUUGACGGAUGUUAUGGAUGAAAUGUCGAGAGAGAUAUUGGACUCGAAGAAGGCUGCGUUAAAAGAAGGCGACGAUGCGAUCAUGCAUCAGGUUGGAGAGGGCAAAGAUAUCUUGAGUAUCCUCAUGAAAGCGAAUAUGGAGGUCGCUGAGGAGGACCGCUUGCCUGAGUCGGAGAUCAUAGCUCAGAUGUCCACCCUCAUCUUUGCGGCAAUGGACACAACGUCCAGCGCAAUGGCCAGGAUCAUCCAUAUGCUUGCCGAGAAUCAAGAAGCUCAGGAGAAGUUGCGUGAGGAGCUCAUCAAAGCGCGUCAAGUGGCAGAAGGUGACUUAGAUUAUGACAGUUUGCUUGAACUGCCGUAUCUGGACGCCGUCUGUCGCGAGACUCUUCGCCUACAUCCUCCCUUCCUUCAAAUGUUCCGAACAACACAACAAGACGCCAUCCUUCCCAUUGGACCCGUCAAUACUAAGAAAGAGACCGCAGUUUUCAUCCCAAAAAAUACUACAGUCAUCGUCGGUAUCAAAGCCCUCAAUUGUGACCAGGCGAUCUGGGGCUCAACAGCUAAUGAGUGGAUUCCCGAACGGUGGCUUUCUCCUCUUCCUGAAACUGUGACAAGUGCUGGAAUCCCUGGAGUAUACUCAAACAUGUUGACAUUCUUGGCAGGCAGCAGGGCCUGCAUUGGUUUCAAGUUCUCCGAGUUGGAGAUGAAAAUCGCCCUCUGCCUCUUGGUCUCAACCUUCCGCUUCUCUCCCUCUGAGACUAAAUAUUCUUUCAAGUCGACCAAUAUUGUCACACCCAUGGUCAACGGGAAGUCUUGUAUGCCGCUCAAUGUUUCAUUGGCGCGAGCCACAUCUCAACCAUUUUCCUCUUCUUGA